GGGACUUUGCUCACGUCGUGUGCAAAGUCUUGUGAUGCAGCUUCGGACUGUCGCAGAGAACAGACACUGGUUGACAUCUGCAAGUGAAAGAGUCGUUUGCAACGUGUGACGUCAUUUAUCAUGGACUGGAAGAACAACCUGAGACGCACCCAGUCCCAGAAGAGUGUCACCUCGUCACGGGACAAGCCCACCAGGAUGGACACAGCAGGAGAGUGCGACAAGAAAGUGUCUGUGUCCCAACUAGUUUCUCGGUAUCAAACUGUGGUGAAAGUGACUUCAUCUGUUCAAGCAGCUGCAGUCAAUAAUGAUGACGUCAUACCAAAGCCAAGGGUGCAAAAAGAGAUUACACCAUCUCUUCUGGAGAGUACAGAGAUUAAUCUGCCGUCUCCGACAAGAAGACAUGAGGAGAGGGAACAAUCUGAAGUCUCUCAAGAAUCUCCCAGACCUAGUUUAAUGCGCGCCAAGUCAAUGGGGAGCCUUCAGAGCAGCCCCGGCUCCAUCAAGGAUCUGAAAGCUUUGUUUGAGCUCAAGUCUGUCACAAACAGCCGAGCUGCAGAUUUUACAUCCUCAGCAGACGUCACGCCGGUGAUGAACGGACAUGUCGAGGAGGGGAAACGGCUCGUCGAGGUGCAGAAGACACACGUACCUGCCGGCGUGCCACUUAAAGCUGCUAAAACUGAUGCUAAAGAGGAUCACGUGACCAAGAAGAUUACACCAUCUCUUCUGGAGAGUAAAGCGAUUAAUCUGCCGUCUCCGACAAGAAGACAUGAGGAGAGGGAACAAUCUCAAGUCCCCAAAGAAUCUCCCAGACCCAGUUUAAUGCGCGCCAAGUCGAUGGGGAGCCUUCAGAGCAGCCCCGGCUCCAUCAAGGAUCUGAAAGCUUUGUUUGAGCUCAAGUCUGUCACAAACAGCCGAGCUGCAGAUUUUACAUCCUCAGCAGACGUCACGCCGGUGAUGAACGGACAUGUCGAGGAGGGGAAACGGCUCGUCGAGGUGCAGAAGACACACUUACCUGCUGACUUAUCACUUAAAAACACUAAAACUGAUGCUAAGGAGGAUCACGUGACCAAGAAGAUUGUGAAAAAGCCCAACAUGGUGAGGAGAAAAACAAUCGGGGGGAUUGACUUUGAGGAAAUUGCAGCCUCUGAAGCUGAUGAUAAGAGGAGGUCAAUUGCAGAUUUCAGAGACAGCUCCUUUGUCCAAAACAAGGAGGCACUCUGUGUUUCAGUCAAAGAGUUGUCUGCCCUCUAUCUGUCAAUGGUGGCACCAAAGGAAGCAACACAGAGCUUAAAACUGGCACAUCAGUCAACUGAAUCUGGAAAAAGAGCUAAAAUAUUCAAGUUUCAAGCAACUUGUCAGGAGAUGUGCUAUGCCUGCCAGAAGCCGGUUUAUCCCAUGGAAAAAAUAACGGCAGAAAAAUACAUUUUUCACAAAACGUGCUUCAUUUGUAAACAGUGCAAGAAAAAGUUAAGCAUGCAAAAUUACACACCUUUACACGGGGAGUUCUACUGCAUAUUUCAUUACCAACAACUGUUCAGAAAGAAAGGGAACUACGAUGAGGGCUUUGGAUUUGCUCAACACAAGAACCAGUGGCUCCUGAAGAAAACUGCCAACGUGGUUCACGGAACUGGAAUCCAAUGAAACGGUGACCAUGACAAUAAAACACAAAUCUAUUUGAUUUUUCUAAAGAUAUUUGGAGGACCAUAGAAUGAAUCAUCAUUGUUUGUUUAGUUUUGUAAUUUAGUGUUGUUAUGACGACCAAUUAGAGUCAUUUUGCUCAUGGUCUGAUCUUCUACUACAACAGAAAUAUGAAAUAAUCAAUCAACCGAUGGGAAAAUCCAUUGUGAUUCAACCAGCAGAUUGUUUUGUGAUAUAUAUUCAACUGUGUAAUGUAAUAAUAUGUAAAAAUCAUACAAUAGUUAAAGACGGUAACAAAUGGUAGCAUUUUUGUGACAUCAACAACCACUGUUUAUUUUCAUAUAUAUUGGUAUAAUUUUGGUUGGAAAAGCAUAAUAUUGGUUUAGCCUUUUUGUCUGAUCAGGUUCACGCUUCAGCAUUUUAUAAUUUCCCAUUUAUAAACUGAGCAAUGGUAAAUGUGAAUUUAAGAGUAAAACCUUAAACAACCUCAACCUAAUUACAGACUGUCAACAAUAGUCAUAUUACUAUGUCAGAUACACACAAUGAAAUAAAAAAUAAAAAGUAUAAAACACCUGUUUUAUAUUUUUCU